CAAAGCAAGGUGCAGACGAAGGAAAUCAGCGACAGCCACCAGUUCCUGAACGAGAUGGUUAUCGCGUUAUUACGCAUCAACGCAGCCUUCUGAUAACGCUCACCGGCAACGUUAUCGGCUUUUGAAGCAUGGCGCAUUAAGCAGCUUCAAACUGCGUAACAGCAGACGUACGCACUGAACCGGCCCGAAGUUUUGAGCAUUUUGCAAGGACGUGCCAGCAAACGGUCUAUCAAGAUCCAACAGGUCGCCACAUGAUCCAUGCGCCAUGAGCACAUUGCUCCUGAUGGAACUGUGAUGUACGGCGGAAAACUUCUGGUAGAUGCAGAGCGGUGCCCCCCGACGAAGCCGUUUCGAUGUCCAGGAACGACGACAGUAUGCAUCCCAAUACAAUACCUAUGUGACGGAGCACCUGACUGCACCGAUGGUUAUGACGAGGAUCCCAGGCUUUGCACGGCUGCAAAGAGACCUCCAGUGGAAGAAACGGCAAACUUCUUACAGACGCUGUUGAUAAACCACGGUCCCAACUACCUGGAGAAGCUGUUUGGGCCCAAAGCUCGGGAUGCCCUCGCGCCUUUGGGCGGUGUGCAGCAAGUCGCCAUAGCACUCUCUGAAGGCGAAACAUUGGACGACUUCGGCAAAGCGCUGCACCUGAUGCGGAACGACUUGGAUCAUUUGAGGAGCGUAUUUCUUGCGGUGGAAAGCGGUGACAUGAGCAUGCUCCGGUCGCUCGGCAUUAGGGACUCGGAACUUUCGGACGUCAAGUUUUUCCUCGACAAACUCGUUCACACGGGCUUCAUGGACUAACACCCCGUGUUUCUACACCCGCUGCAACCUUCUGGCUCCCGUCCUCCUCCUUGCCAACGAGUAGCUAGCCGGCCAGAUCUCCCAGCCUCAACCUCGUCCUCAUUCCUCUCUUGUUUUUGCAACAUCCUUGGUUUUGCGAAUGCUUGGUCGAGCGCAAGUUUGGCAACCGUUCCACAGACUCGCUUCCCGUUACUUCCGGUUUAUGAAUUGAUGUAUAGCUCCUCAGAAAGUAUUUAGAGCGUACGCAUUAAAAUAAUUAGAAUUAGAAAGAUACAUUGGCGAGUUUCGGGGAAUCGCACGGAGAAAACUCUGUACGUUGGCCAUGCUAACGGCUAAAGUGUGUAGCGAUCGAGAUUGAAAAUAGUCCAAAUGCCGGGGAUUGAUUAAUGGAUGUCCCUUUUACUGGGUUUAUAUCUAUUAAAGACAAUCGAGAUUAGUUCGUUAUGUCAGCCGCGAUACAAAAUGCACCAGCAGAAUAAAAUGAACGCUUCAAAGAAAGUGCGUCGCACGGUCGCAUUAAAAUAACGACAAACAGUAUACUGCUAAAUAUACUGCUUGGAUUUUGCUCGUACCUAGAAAUCAAUCUUACCUUGCAACGUAAAUUGGGUUGGACGGUCAUCCUAUGUGGCUACAGCAGAGAUCCAAACGUUACGUUAAAAAAAAACUGUAUCAUGGUGCGUACUUCGUCACUUACGUGUUACGUUUAGCGCGUUUGUUGGCAUAGCUUACGCUUGCUUUUCUGUUCGUAUUGUACCUGUAUGUUCCCUGUCCCCUUCCUCUUCUCACAUAGCAUACGUUAAUUUCACCUUUACCGCAACAUGCCAAUCGAACACAUUGCCACAAAACUAUCACAGAACACCCGAUUUUAAAAUGCAGUAGCAUUUUGCAUGCUGAAGUGUAUUAUUGACAUUAUAUAGAUACAUAUUAUUUUUGUUGUUAUUUUUCGAACGUAGCAACGUACGAAUGAAUCAACUAAAUGGCAGUAGUUUCGGAAGCAGUUUGAACAUGAACAGAGGAAGAUGAGCGUCGAAGAAUACUCUUUCCUUUGCUGUUGUAGAAUUCUUCCGUGGAACAAAAUUUUACGCUUUACGACGAUAGAAGCUUGUAAUGUACUGCCUGGGAGGAAUUACUGGACGUCACAGGAAAACAACAAAACAUACCAGUAUGUCGUGUGUAUCGAAGUGCUGCAUGUCAUAAUUCUGCAACAGCGAAUGAUAUGCAAUGCACGAAUGCUGCUGGUCGUGUAUUGUGCUGGUCCCGUAGACCUCUUCGUCAAAAACGACUCGACACUGAAAGCUAUUGUCACCGUUGUAUGUCGGCGUCCUGCACUGGUACGGCGUGUACGCUGCCGAAUCUUACUUAUCGUAAGUGUUAACUCGGGCCAACGAGUUGUGUGGUCAACUACGUCUUUCAAUGUUAUAGGCUAUACACACAAAUAACGAUGCUGCUAAAUUGAGAAAAAGGAAAAACAGUUAAAGCUGACGUCAUUUCUGUGAUGCUGAAAAAUAUCUUGUCCACACUGUACGUCGUAGACUUUACUUUCAGAAUUCCAUGUAUUGAAUGUGAACCCGUGUAUAUAGAACAUAACUACCUAACGUGCUAUACUAUAGUUUUUCUGCAAGCUACAAUCCAGUGUUAAUAUAAAGCAAAUCACGCGCAAGGUCUUUCACCGCCACGCCAUUAUUAUUUUUUAUAUCCGUAUUUAUAGGAAGCUCUAUAUUUAGUCGAGGCCUGUCUUCGGUCUCGUUUACUGGGAGACGACAAUCAGCCCAUCGUUCUUUCAUGAGUACACUUUCUGUAACGACUGCUGGUGGGAAAUAUGUAGAGACGUCUACGAAGCUUGGAAAUAAAUUUGUAUUAUCUCCCUGGUGUUUGAGGACAGGAAGGUGCCUCUAUCAAUGCCCGAUAGUAUUGCGGCGGACAAAAUUAUGGGUUUGAGCCAGCGGCUCGUUCAAUUUUUAGCCGUUCUUUCAACAAAACUUGCGGAUUGCAGUGGUGUAGGAAGUUCUCUCAAGCAUCGCGGCUCCUACGUGCAACGUGGAAACGACUGUGAAGCUAAAUUGUACUAGGUGGCAGCAUGAAAGAACCUGCUGUGCUGAAAGAACCUGCUCGUGACUGGACAGUAGGAAAUUUGAAUUUCGAACAUGCAGAAGCAGAUACAAUAUCACUCGAUACCACAACAGCGAUACUACUCCAACUGCCUAAAUACAGCGGUAGCAGACGAUGGCAACGGUAGGCGUAUUUUUAGACUUCGAUACCCAUUAAGACGUAUGGAAUGAUGAUAACUGAUGUACCACUCUCAUGGGCAUGCACAGAUGCCGCCUACAUGUAUUACACCACCAGGCCUGAAAGCUUCACGAUGCUUCCAUAGAUGACAACGGUUAGUGUCGUCUGCUAUGCUUAUCCGCUGUCGUAGAACGUUCCAGCCGAUGGCUAGCAUUUAAAUUACUUCGAAUUAGCAUUCUGACUCAAAUUUAAGUCGAUAUAACGUUUAUUCGAAGGCACAGGGACAACGAAUUACAAAUGGGUGGUGCACACAAUGCUUGAAGCCACUUCGCGAAGAAGCUGCAGCAUUCAAUUGCAGCAUGCAAGGAUGGAGGGAGGUACACUAUAACUAUUCCCGUAGAGGAUCGUGCUCUGCCUAACAGCCUUUUGGGCCAUGCAUGUAGAGAGCGCUAUUGUGGCAGAUAAGCGAACUAAGUGUGGCGCAGUUUUUUCUUGUGAGCUCUCAGGCCUGGAGUAGUAUAUGUAUAGGCCUAGGUCGUGGUUUAGGGAGACGCAAAGAAACGACACUUGACGGUUAGGUCGCAGGUGGCUUCCGGAUCUGAAAUUGUGGUUCUUUCGGGAAGUUAUAAAUAGCGUUUGUACCGGAACUGAAGAUAUCACAGACACGGAGUUGUCUUCCACCUAAACGCUGCGAAUAUUUUCAAGGUUGCUUAAAAAGGGAUAUUCAUAGGUGCACCUUCCUGCAAUAUUGUUGCGUUUCAAAACCCAAGGUCGAUUGAAGCUGUCUGAUUUUCAAUAAACGAUCAAAAUAUUAUCCCGUUGAGAAAGACAGAGCAAAUCGAGUGCAUACGCGGAGUUUCAGCCAAAUAGUUAUCGUGGCUUUGUACACGAAUAGAGGUAAAUGAAAUGCCUUUUUCAGAAGAUCUAUGGGCUUGUAGUUGCUUGUAGUAGAAGAAUGGGCUUGUAGUUUGCGUCAGUAAGUGUAUAUCCAACGAGCGACAUUCUCACGGAAUACUCUAGUUUGAAGAAAACACAAUAAACUGCUCACGCAAUAAACUGCUCAAUAUCGGGAGUGUUAGCAGACGACAGCGUCUCUUCAUGUCGUCUGCUACGGAAUGUCUUGAGGCUGUGCCGCAGGAUAUUGCCCGCGGUUAGCAGUGCACUAAAAGAUAUUACGUUGAGCACUUGCCCUACCCCGGCGGCAGAAAGCUGUGACAUUUUUCGCAUCUUUCAGUGGAAUAUUCUGGGGGAUGGCGCUCAUUGUGAAUACACGAUACGGUAAAAGUUAUAAAUGCGUAUCUGGAACAGCUACAUCUGCGCGGCAUGAAUUGAAAUUUUAGUAUUUUGCAGGUGGUACAUCCAAGGUCACGUUCGUACUUUAGAAAUGAUUGGAUCCACCGUGUGUGGCCAAAUAACAUCGUAGGUACCUGCUUCGAUAUGCAAAAUUUUUAUCGCGGCUUCAACUGAACUUUUUAUCCACUGUAUUGCAAAUAUGUUCCUAUAUAUGAGUUUACACCGACUUAAUACUUCGUCGAGCUCGUUUUUCUUCCUUUUGCUUCGUGUAACCCGUCUUACAGGUUCUAUACUCCCCCCGCCAUUGGCUAGACGCAGUCCAAGCAACCUGGUCUGAGGACCCAGACAUUGAUGUGGACAAUCACUCGGAAAAUUUCCUUCGUCUAUUGUACGAGGAAAACACAAAAAAGAAGGUACAUUUUCUGUAUUGUUUUCUCAGUUUCGAAUAUGCAUAGCACAACCAAUGGAGAAUGACGUCAGCAUUAGCUACUCUCUAUGUGAUACUGGUACUGAGACUAUCACAGGAUAUGUAUAGGGCGGCGGACAAUGUUGUUACCGUUGCUGAGUGAAUGGGCCAUAUCUCGUCACCCGUGGCUCUGGUGUGUUAAAUUUCGAACUGAGAGUGUAUUUGCUCUUGAACAAGACGCUUAUUGAAAUGUGUUUUUCUAUAUACGGCCAGUAUGUUUUCCGUUAAUAAAUUAGUCGUUGCGUAUAAUUCUCUUCA